AUGGAAAAUCUUCAAAUAGCUAGCUGGAACGUGAAUGGGUGGAAGAAAAGCUGUGAGUUAAUAAAAAGUAAAGAGAUAACAGUGGCGGAAUUUUUGAGAAAAUUAAGUAUUGACAUCCUGUGCUUACAAGAAACCAAAACAAACGAUGCAUUUAUUGAAAAUGAAUUCACCUUGCUAGAUGCAUACUCAGAUAAAUAUGAAUCCUAUUGGACAUGUUGUCAAAAAAGAAAUGGAGAAAAAUUACACAGGGGGUAUUCAGGGCUUGCAACAUAUGUAGGAAAUAAGGCAAAGAUUAUUUGCUGCUCUAGUGAGCCAUUUCGAAAUUUUUUCUUUCACAUGAAUAACAUUUCAGAGAGUAAUCGCCUCAUCCAGAGAGACUUUCCAUUGAAUAAUUCAUCCAUCUGUUUUUAUUUUGUUAAUGAAGAAGAUGUAAUGAUUAGUGAAAAGAUGAAAGAGAGUUCAGGGGAAGGUAGUAAUAGUACCUCUAAAGAAAAAUGGUCUGAAAAGUUUCUAGGGGUAAAGAAAAUAUCUCCACAAUGUGUUGGAGAAUUCUUUAAUGAAGGAAGAAUGUUAGUAACAAUACAUAAAAAAUUCGUAUUGAUUAAUAUAUAUGCACCAUAUUCUGGAUGUAAUUACAACAGAUUGGAUUACAAAAUGAGAUUUCUUCAUGCUGUUCGAUGCAAAAUGAUUCAGUUAAGAAUAACCACAGGUUUACCAAUAAUUUUGGUGGGAGAUAUGAAUAUAUCAUAUCGAAACAGAGAUGUGCAUUACGUAAAUAAUAUAAUAAAUUUGGAUGAGUUACAGAAAUAUAUGAACAAGGUCAGCAUAAAUGAGGAAUUAAAAAAGAACAUAUGCAAAAAGCUACCUCUUAUCAUUGAUACGCUACAAAAAAAAGACAAUUUCAUUAUUAAAAAACGGAAAACAAAAAACAGUGAAUCAUUUCAUUUUUAUUUAAAUUUUAAUGGAGAUAUUAAAAAAGUAGGUACUAAUUUUAGUUCUGAGGAGGAAAUUUUUUUUUUUUUUUCUCUAGACCCAAUGUAUGUACAAGAUAAGUAUGCGGAGACCUACCCAAAUGACUUUUUUUUUUUUCUGAACUGUUCAGGUGAAAAAACAGAAAACUCGGAAAAAAAUAACCACUAUCAGAAAAAUAUCAUUCUUUUCAGUAAACCUCAAUGUAGCAAUAUUCCAAAUUCAUAUAUUUCUAAUACAGAAUGUGACUAUGCGCAUGAUGCUACACAUUCGAAUGAAUGCAAAAAGGACAUUACUAGAAAUAUCUUAAAUGAAAAUAACAGCCAUUCUAUUCCAGAUCAUAAUUGUAACAAUAGCGCGAUGAAGAAAAUGUUUGAAUUGUUCACAAAAGAAAAUGAACAAAUAUGUAAGCAUUUUUGGAAUAAUGAAAAUUCAGAAAUAGAAAAAUAUCUUGAAAAGGAAGAAAAUAACAUUACAUAUAAUUCCAAGAUGAAAAACAAAAUUCAAGAGUCUAAAAAAAUUCUAUGCAAAUAUACAUUUAAAAGUUGUGUUAAAGGUAAAUACAAAGUUAAGGAUGCAAAUUGUCUAUAUUUAAAACAUUUAAAUGAUAUUUUUACAGCAUUAAAUAUAAACUUAUCAAAAGAGGAUCUAUUCAAUAUUGCUAAUACUCUUGGUUAUUCUUCCUCUCCUCAAUGCUGUACUAAUUUUUUAAAAAAUUUAAUAUAUGAAGAUCAAAUGAUAGACACAUUCUCCUAUUUAUAUUCAUCUCUAAACGGAAAAUUCACCUGUUGGGAUAUGUAUAAACAGUACAGAAUAACUAAUGAAGGUUCGCGCAUCGAUUAUAUAUUUAUUGACUUCAUAUUGUAUGAACGGUUCAUAAAGGACCAUUCUCAGUUGUAUAAAUCUCCCAUUCUUAUUACUGAUGAAUUGCAACAUUGGUUACAGAGAGACAGUGAAACAAAAGAACAUAAGCAUGACAUCAAACCUGUGGACAUAAGUACAAAUUACGAUUUGAUAAAUUCUUUUGGAAAUAAUUGUAAGUAUGCAAACUAUUUUAGUAUGUUGAAAAAGCAAAACAAAACAGAUAGAAAUGGAAAUAGUAAUAGAAGUACCAUAGAUGAUGAAACGAUAUACAGAAAUGAAGAAGAAAUUUACAACUUCCAGUUUAUGCUUCGAAGUUAUAUUGGUUUUAUUUACACAUCCCCUAGAUUAAGUGAUCAUAUUGCAGUGAAUUGUACUUUUCACAUAAAGAAUGAAUUAAAUGGAAAUAAUAAUAAAAAAAGAGACAUAAGCAUAUGCUGCUCGGGGGAUGCUGCUUCCAUCAUACCUCUACGCACUUUAUGUAAAUCUUCAGAUCUGUAUGAUGCUUGUCUUCCACUAUACUUAGUCAGUACAUCUCUUUUUUCUCGAUUAUCAUUCGAUUUUUUAAAUCCCGUUCAUGCACAUGGUGGUAUAUGUCAAAGUGUCGCUCGGGCACAACCACAUAAAAGAACAAGGAAAAUAACUCAAUAUUUCACCACAAAAAGUAGGUCCAUGGACCACGUAAAACAGGGAAGAGGCUAA